AUGAACUUGCUGUUGCGCUCCCUGCAGCCUGCCGUCCGCAGAAGGCCUCGGUAUUCCGUGCGACCAUUCUAUAUCACUCUUCUCGUGUUCGCGAUCCUUGCAGCGGGCAGCCUGAUCGUGGGCAAUCUCGGGAAGGGGUUCGUCCAAGCACCGUACGUGCAACAACUUACAACGGCCGGUGGAUCGCUGCUCAAGCGUGAAGAUGAACCAGAGUGCCGCAUGGUCCGCAAUGUCAAAUACCAGUGUGCCUUCGUCCGCGCCAACUGUCCCGAUCACGAGGACGGGUUACUCUCUUACCUUCAGCUUUACUAUUGCGCCCUAGCAGAUGCGAAACCGUUGGCAUUCAUCAUAUUGAUUAUAUGGCUAUCACUACUUUUCAGUACUAUUGGUAUUGCUGCUAGUGACUUUCUGUGCAUCAAUCUAAGCACUCUGGCGAGUAUUUUGGGGCUGAGCGAAAGUCUAACGGGCGUUACGUUUCUCGCAUUCGGAAAUGGCAGUCCUGAUGUCUUCUCCACAUUUGCCGCCAUGCGGUCGAACAGUGGUAGUCUGGCAAUCGGUGAGCUGAUUGGCGCAGCCAGCUUUAUCACUUCCGUCGUGGCAGGCUCUAUGGCCUUGGUCCGGCCAUUCAAAGUAGCACGGAGGAGCUUUGUCCGAGAUGUGGGCUAUUUCGUGAUUGCUGUGAGCUUGAGCAUGCUCUUGCUAGCAGAUGGGCGGCUUCAUGUCUGGGAAUCGGCUGCGAUGGUCGGUCUCUACGUAUUCUACGUCGUGAUGGUCGUGACCUGGCACUGGUACUUGAUCCGGCGGCGACGAAAGAAUGAACGAGACAUCGCAGCGCGAUCCCAUUUCCACAUCCCGGAAAACCAAGAACUGGAAGUUGAGGAGGCAAUGGAAGAUGAUGAUCCCGCGGUAGCAUCAGAAUCGCGAAGUCAUCUUCGCGGAGCAUCCACUGAGGACUUCGACCUUUUGGAGCGGGCCGAGGGAAUCCCCGCCUGGAAAGAAGAGGAUGAGGAUGACGAGACGCGAAAUAGGUAUCUGGCAGAAAUUCGGGACAAUAUGCAUGUCUAUCGGCCUCCGACUCGGUCGCGUCGCAAUACAUUGAACCCCAUUCGGCCAAGUCUAGUCGGCGCCCUCGAGUUUCAGUCUGUGCUUCACUCGCUCAAAAAAUCCCGAAAUAUUCGUCGCAAUCCGGCGAUCAGCUGGGGUGCUUACUCGGACGAUGACGAAACGUCAUCCCAACCCUUCGACACCCGCUCUGUUGCGUCGCAUCCUCGCAUCAGUAGACCUUCAGCUGCCAACGACCGCCUGUCGCCGUUCAGCGCUGGGGGCUCUUCUCGAGUUCGAGCCGUUUCGGCAAAUGAUGCUGAUGGGUUGAAGCUCGACACCAACGUAUUAGAUUCUCAGCGAGAACAGACACCACGCCUCACUCUGAGUCGAUCCUCGAUUGAUGCACCCCAUGACCAUGCGGGCGCGCAACCGCCUCAGUUCCCCCGAAUUGAUACCGGCGCCAUUAUUACCGUCUCUCCUUCAUCAGAUGAGCAUGGGUCACCAGGCCCAAGUCAGAAAGAUCAAACAACUGAUCUUCUGGCUCCGCCGGCUCCAUUUCACUCUCCCAAUUAUCAAACUGCGGCAACGCAAGAUCGCUCCCCCGCAGCCAGUAUCCCCGCGGGCGAUAUCUCGCCGGUUCCCUCCUCUCGUCCGCCUAGCAUCCGGCUCCCAACCACAAUGAGUCCCACAGAACGACUCCAUAUCCAUGACAUUUUUGAUGAUUUCCAUGGUCACUUUUCCCUUCAAACCUCAUUGAAAUGGUGGCCCAACUCCAUCCUCCCUCCUCCCGGGCAGAUUGGCUGCACCCUUUUCCCGACCUUGGCAGGCUGGAAGUCCAAAGACGUCUGGGCACGACUUCUGGGUCUUGUCGCAGCGCCCAGCGUACUUCUCCUCACUAUCACUAUCCCAGUUAUUGAACCCCAGGCUCCCGAGUCUGUCGAAUUGGACCCGCUGCCGUCAGUGAUGAUAGAGCAAAUUAGCGAUGGUGACAGCCCCGCCCCAAGAGUAAGGCUACCGGUCGACAGCCCCGUCCUUCGACCCCUUGACUCCAUUCAACCCGAGUCAGCCUCUGAGAUACCGCCAGCAGAUCCCCACAAGUCGCCACACGAAGAACAUCCUGGUCGCCCACGCUGGGACUCGGAGCUGCCGGCAGCACCACAGCCACCGGCAUCCUCUGAGCCUCCUAUGCCAACCAAAGACUGGAACCGUUGGCUCGUGUCGAUCCAACUCUUCACCGGUCCCUUCUUCAUUGUACUCAUUGCAUGGACCGUCAUGGACGAAGCCCGUCAGCCCCGUAAUUUUCUCUUGCCAUCACUCUUCUCUCUCCUCUUUUCGGUUCUGUGCAUUAUAGCCCUCAUUGCCAGCACCAGCCGUCGGCCCUGGCAUCGUCGCGCCAAUGCGGAUCGCUCCGUUCCUUCGGAGGUGCUUACAACGCAGUCCCUCCCAUCACAAUGGCGGCCAUUCCUCUCUCUCCUCGGGUUCCUGGUUGCCAUCUCCUGGAUCGCCACCAUUGCCACCGAGGUCGUCUCCCUUCUCAAGACCCUCGGAGUCAUACUCGACAUCUCGGAUUCGUUGUUGGGGCUGACCGUCUUCGCUGUCGGCAACUCACUCGGCGACCUCGUCGCCGACAUCACCGUUGCUCGCCUCGGAUACCCGGUCAUGGCGCUGAGUGCCUGCUUUGGUGGGCCCAUGCUCAACAUUUUGCUGGGUAUUGGGCUCGGCGGUCUGUAUAUGACGCUGAAUGGUGGAAACCGACAGAGACGUGACGAGGCACUGGCGGCGGGUGCUGCUGCUAUUACCCGCGCCUCUUAUGAGAUCUCUAUCUCCAAGGUCCUUGUCAUCAGCGGUGCCACCCUCCUGGUCGUCUUGGUGGGUCUGUUGAUCGUCGUGCCCAUGAAUGGCUGGCGCAUGGACCGCAAGAUUGGGUGGGGACUGGUCGUGGUGUGGUGUGUGAGUACACUGGGCAAUGUGAUUGCGGAGUUGACGUUGUAA